AUGGGUCCGGCUGUUCCACAGGAGUAUACAUUUAUACGACUUGCAAAUAUGGGCAGUACAUGUUACAUAAACAGUGUCUUGCAAAGUUUAUUCAACACAGAUAUGGUUGCUAACUUUUGUUGGCAUUACAGCGAUACAAUUAAAAAGCAUGGACUUGAAAAGUUAGUAGACAGAACUCCGCUUUAUUUAUUCAGCAAAAUUUACAUAGAUUCGCAAAAUGCACCCCAAAACGAGGUUUAUUAUACACCAGACUAUUUUCUGAACGCAUUAUACGAAUCGACUGAUAAAUUCAAAUGGAAUGAAAUGGGAGAUUCCCAUGAACUCUUUUUGUAUCUAUUACAAAAUUUUGAUAAUUCAAUAAACGAGAUCAAUUCGAGGCUAGGCAAUGAAAAGUUACCACUAUUUUCCUCAUUUUUCAUGUGUGAAACGUCCUCAAUUGCAUCAUAUAACGGUACAAUAACAGAUGAUUCGAAAGACAUUGUACCAAUCAUCGGAUUGAAUGCCAAAACAAUGAAAGACUCAAUAUACUACUGGGAAAAUGGUAUUGAUAUCCAGGAUUUGAACGAAGGAAUAGAUAUUAAUCGUAAACUUACAAAAUUCCCAGAUGUUUUGGUUCUCAUGCCAAGGGUAUUCACUGGAGUGUCUAAAUGUAUGGAUAAAAUGAAGCCAGAAUUUAAGAUUACGAUUUCCGGCCAAGAAUACUCCCUCAAAUCAAUUAUCGUUCAUAUCGGCAAUGACCUUAAUAGUGGGCAUUAUAUUUGUGUCUUUGAAGUAUCAGAAAGAUGGGUUUACGGUGAUGAUGCAGAAAUGAGACCAUUAAACGAUACAGAGUACCAUACAUUCUUCGAAACAGGAUAUUUGCCAGGUCAGGAUACUGCUAUAUCGUAUAUCUUCUUCUACGAGCUUUUAUAA